CAAAACUUCAAGUAGCGUCCACAAACCAUAGGAAUGGAGUACUCGACGUAUUGCAUUCAUCCGUUGCCGUCGCUACAGCAAUCGUUUAACAUCGAUAGAGACUUCUUGUUCCAGAAGUCCCGCAUUUUUAGCAUUACUACAUAAUUCAGAACACAAUAACCUAAUAACCUAUAAUCAAAAAGCAACAUUUACUUUACUACAACACAAUAACCUAUCAAAAAGAUUAAGAUGUUGGCAUACUAUCUUUUGUGGUUGGUUAUCCUAAGCGUCUUCUUUGCAUGCGUGGCGGUGAUGUGCAAGAACAGUCGCUACGCGCGGAAGCGGGAUUACGCUAAUCUCGGUUCCUUCGCCGCUGACACAGAUUUGUAGUCCUCGAGCGGAUCUGUUUUAACUUGAAGAUGCUUGUUUGACGGUGUGGCAGGAUGAGUGGCGAACUGUUCUGGAAUAACCUACGAGUGUGGAAGAAGAGGAGGAGAAAAUCAUGCAAUGAAUCGGGUGGAAAAAGAGCAGGCGCUCGGGAGGUUAGGCUCGCGACGAUGAUACUGUUAAGGACCACGGAUCUAGUACUCGAGAUUUGAGUUACUUCUGCUACUGCAUCCUCGAAACCUCUCUAAAUCUAUUACUCUUGCACCUCGUGUUUCUCCUUUCCGGCGUCGCUGCAAAGUGUAGCUAUGAAAAAGUCCUGUUACCAGAAGAGUGGGAGCAUGUCGAGUACUACGCGUCUUUUUUGGAUAAGACCGUUCUACCGACACAACAUCGGAAAGUUUGCUUCGGAUGGUACUCGCGGCUGGCGCAAGUUAUGAGUCUUCUGUUUGGCGUAAUAGAGGAAAGAUAUUAAGUGGCGCCCAGGCCCAGGAUAUUAGGUCUCAAGAAGUUAGUUGCAAUUUCAGACUGUAGAUGCAGUACAAACUUCCUUCAGCUAAGAACUUCAAUCAUGCUUUCCCCUUCUAACCUCCAAGGUCUCUGUUUGCUCAGCGCUUCUGAUGAGCAGCUAGGUGGAAAGAAGGAGUGGUACAAACGAAUGAUUGCGACGAUCUUUGUCAAUUCUCUACCACAUCUCGAAAAGGCUCUUGGGAGCGAUGAAGUGCUGAGCGCCUACAAGAUUCUGAACUUACUUUAUGCAUGACCACAACAACUGCUCGUGCUAUUUCUUGUACCUUAGGCUUGCUUUCUUGCCUUUUGCUCUUCAAAAGUUCAUCUUCCGGAUCCGGCGAUGUAACGAGUUCUUGUUGCGAUGACUUUUCACUCCGUUUUCGAAGAAAGUGAAAGUUUUUUCUAAUUUACAGCUGGUGAUGACGAGUCUCUGCUGCAGUGGGUGAAGCCGACAAUUCCUCUUCUCUAUGGUUUGCCACCAUUCGAACGCAACGAAGCCGAUGCGUGCUCUCUUCCUCUUACAGCCACAAAAACCUUCACAUCAGAAUGCGACAAAAAGAUCUAUGUCUACGACAAUGACAUCAUCCGCAAGUACACGCGAAUCCGCAUCAGCACCACUGCUGGCCAGGAAGGGAUUGAACCGCUUUUGCAUCGCUGGCUUGAGAACUCGGCGUGUAGGACACUUGACCCAGAAGAGGCAGACUUCUUUUUUGUUCCAUUUUACCACAACGGUUUCCAACGCGAAGCCUACGACCCGCCACUGGAGGACUCGACCGAAAUCAUGCGGGAAGCUUAUUAUGGCUGAGGUUUCUUUUCAUUCGUACUCGGAUGAUUGAUAUUCGUCUUCGACUUCGUCACAAGGAGGACUAUGUGUACUAACUACUACUAGUAGAAGGCCUCGUCUGUCGUGAUUAUAGUACUUCUAUCUUCUAGUACCAUGACCAUCUAAAUCUUGACCAUCUAAUUUCCCCACGAAUUAAUCCCAAGCCUUGAGUAUUUCGAUAGUUUUCGACGACGCGAUCACAUUUUUUUGUUUGCGCAUGAAUUUUGGGGUGCUAGAGAGCUGUGGCACAGAGAUCAUGCGUCGAAAGCUAUAUUGUUGGUAGUGGAAAGCAAUCCUCUGGACAUGAAACUGUCUCCGUCCGACGACAUGUUUUUGCAGCGUGAACAAGGACAGGUGUUCGCACGAGGUCGUGUUGGGCAAUUGGAAGUAGAUGUGGAUUCAAAAUCGUGUAGUACUAGUACUAGUACAGGAGAAGGCGCUUGUAACAUCGAUGAUCAUGGUGGAACGAAGAAAGGUACGGGGAAUGCAGAGGACAGCAGAAUGGACGUGGCCGAAGUAGAGGAAGCUUUUUUCUCGGAAUCUUUUUCUCCUUCCAAAGGAGCUCAGAGUGGCAAUACGACAUCUAGACCUCCUUCUUACUACACGGAGCACUGCUUGGACUGCUUUGAUGACAGGAAAGAUCAAAUUUUACCACAACACAUUGACCACUUUGCGAUUCAGAAGUUUUCGCACCACAAUCGGCCUUACCACGAGCGAGAGCAUCUCUAUUGCUUCCGCGGCUCCUUGCAACACAGGCUGUACGACGAAACAACAACGAAGUACCCAUUUCAAGACGUUUCCGCAGGUGAAAUCCGCGCAACGAUACUCAAAUGGGCGAAAAAUUUAUGGAAUUGUUAUUGUUGUUGCUUCGCCACGCUUUACUAGGAAUGUCCUCGCAAUUGCUGAUCAUGCUGUUUGUCUCACUUUUAACGAGUCAAAAGGCAUAGUAAACAUGCCAAAGCCCCACCGUAGUCAUCAGACCCUGCAUCUAGAUUUUAAGUAUUCACAUCUCCUCCCCGUUUUCUUCUUCUAACUGCUCCCAAAGGGAGCAUCGGCGGACAUUUGACUCCUGUGGUCGAGUACUACAAAAGGAUGGGGAAUUGCAAGUUUUGUUUGAUUCCCAAGGGCGUCGGUUUCACGAAUGGACGGCUGUUUGAGAGCUUCUUCUCCGGGUGCAUUCCAGUUCUGCUUUCCGAUGCGCUGCGAUUGCCGUUUGAGAAGACGGUUUUGGAGUGGGACAACAAUCUCGCGAUACGUUUUCCAACCAAACAUAUGGAGCAUUUGCCGAAGUUGCUGGAAUUACUGGAUUCCUCAGAUGGGAAGGAGAAGGUGAACAAGGAUGUUGUAGGUCAUCGACAUACAACAGGCGAUGAAGUAGAUGCACAUGCAGACGUCGUCGAUACAGCAGACCCUGACACAGACACAGAGAACAGUGUCGCUAAGUGGCCGUCCUCUGUGAAAGCUUUGUGGAUUGCAAAUCGUGGUCGCGUGUCGAGCUUUGUGGAUAGUCUAGAGAAAGCUUCGUGUUGGAUCAACUACUAUUCUCAAGAUCCGGGUUGUUCUCCGUAUCAAGGAAUGCUGUUAGGUUUGCGAAGGAACAGGAUUCGUUUGCAACGAGACUAGUUGAAGGAAAAGUGGUCAUGUGUUUUGACUGUACACUUUACGAAAAAAGAUGAUCAAAGGGUCGAAGUGGAUAUGGUGAAUUAUAUACGACCAAGAAGCGAGUUUGCUUCUAAGAAGUACAACAAGAAAGAUGUCACUAUCCUUGUUUCACUCCGCUCGUCUUUCAAUGAGGAAAGUUCAGAGAAGCGCCACACGAA